CAUAUUUAUUCAAUAAAGUAUCAGUCAUUCCUCAACACUUCCCUGAUACAAAAUGGCGACUUAUUCAAAAUCAGGAAAGAAAAAAAAAGUGGCCGAACCUGCUGUUCAGAAGAUAAGGAAAAGUCGUGAAGAAGAUAAAGCCACACCGUGCUACCUAUCAAAUGAUGGAUUCUUGUGGACAGACAAUAACCCAGAUUUGAAGUUGAUCGAGCCACGAAUUUUGGUCUCCACCAAUUAUAACUAUUUGGAGUUUUCUAGAAAGGCGGAUCGUCCACCCGAGCGUCGUGUACUAACACUUAUCAAUCAUGGAGAUCAUCCAGUUGCAUUCGAAGUACAAACUACAGACAAUUACUCGUAUUUUAUUGAUGUUGUGCAUGGAAUCAUACCGCCACGUCAGACAUCUGUUAACGCUGCUAUUCGAAUGCCCAAUUCUGUUUGUAUUCAGGUUUAUCACAGACCAUAUAAUGCAUAUUCGGCAGAAAGACAGAGUGAUUUUUUCAAUCGUCCACGGAAAGAUAAGAUGUCGAUUUUACUGGCUCCUCAAAUUUGCCAGACUUUUUCUCCUGAAGCAAUUUUCCACAACGAAAGAAGUUAUGAGAAAUUGCGAAUUAUGCUGAAGUAUACCGGAAUUGAAGAAAAGUCAGGAGAUGGUAGACCCAAGCAGUUUAUUUUACACGGAGUUCCUGGGUCGGCCACAUGGAAAGAUGACAGUGGUAUAAGAAAAACGAAGAAUGAGCAACAAAUGUUGGAGUUUAAGAAAAUCGAAAAGACAAUCAUCCAGAAUGCCUCAAAAGAAGUAUGCGAAGAAAUGUCGAAGAAGCCCAUAAUACGCCGUCCAUCGCCACUACGUGCUCGUUCCAAAACUCCAGGAUCCAAGGAUAACAAAAAUCAGCGUGAUAAGCGUGAAGGUGGAGUAAUGAAGAUGUUUCGAAAUCUCAAUCCAUUUGAUAGAACUCCGACUCCGACUACAAAGAAGACACAAUCGGUUACGCCCAGUAAUAGUACUCCGUCUCCAGCAAAGCCAGCCACUCCAACAAAAACGCCAACACCGACUAAGAAGCCUGUAGAAAAUAAUGAGACCCUAUCUCAAGUCAAGACAGUUUCCAAGGCACUGUCUCAUUCUCCCAAGUCACCAAAGAAGAACAGUCAGGAAAAGUCGGCUCCACCAUCACCGAAGUUACCACCGAAAACUACAGCACCAACGCCAACAAAAGACGGUGGCAAUCAUUCUCCAAAAACGACUAACAAGGCAUUAGAGCCGCCGCCGAGCCCAAAUCGUACACAUUCGCCAAGUGCAUACCAACCCGCGAUGUCUCCGAAACCUACUGGAAAGUAACUCUGUGGAUAUUCAAUAGUGAACAGAAAUGUUUGAUAAUUAUUCUUUUUUUUUGUUUCGUAUUUAUAAAAUGAACAGGGACAGUACAUUUG